CUCUCCAAUCCAUUCCAACCACCAAAUCAGUUGUUCCACGUUCACGAAAGUUGAUGCGCGUGUUAGCGCAGUGAUUUGUGUGUAGUUCCUAAAAUUUACCGAAUUGUUCGUUUUCUUAUAGAAAUGCUGGUGGCAGAGUCGUGGAAAGCGGGCUACAUUUUUUGGGUCCUCCCCGCCCUCAUACUUCUCGGCCUGGUGGCUUUAAUUUUCGGAGUUAUUGGACUACUUAUUAUCAUCAGAUUCUACGCUCAGUACACUUGCGGAAGAUUCAGAGACAACACCAGAAUGGCUGGAAAAACUGUGAUCAUCACGGGGUGCACUAGUGGUAUUGGGAAGGAAACAGCGAAAGACUUGGCCAAUAGAGGAGCAAGGGUUAUUAUGGCUUGCAGAAAUAUAGGAGCCGCUGAGAAAAUUAAAGAACAAAUCAUCGACGAAACAAAAAACACGAAUGUCGUAGUAAAAAAAUUGGAUUUAAGUUCAUUUGCGUCUAUCAGAACUUUCGCUGAGGACAUCAACAAGAGUGAAGAACGAUUAGAUGUCCUAAUCCACAACGCAGGCUACGCAGAAACAUUCAAGAAAGUUAGAUCUGAAGAUGACAUUGAAAUGACCAUGGCAACUAACCAUUAUGGACCAUUUUUAUUGACGCAUCUUUUGAUAGACUUACUUAAGAAGAGUACACCUGCUAGAAUCGUUGUAGUCGCUUCAGCCCUGUACCGUCUUGCUACAGUAGACUUGGAAAAUCCCAACCCAGUAGACACUAUACCUGCUUACUUAUAUUACGCGUCGAAGGAAGCUAACAUUUUAUUCACCAGAGAAUUGGCGAGAAGACUGGAAGGAACUGGUGUCACGGCUAACUGUCUGCAUCCAGGUUUAGUAGAUACUGGUAUCUGGAGGAACGUACCUAUUCCCCUCAGUUGGGGGUUAGGUCUGAUCAUCAGAGGUUUCUUCAAAACUCCCAAAAAGGGUUGCCAAACAACAGUCAUGUUGGCCGUUGAUGAGAAACUUCAUAAGGUGAAUGGAAAAUAUUUUUCGGAUUGCCAAGAAAGUUCAUUAUCGACGGCAGCCAGCGACAUGGACAAAGCUAAAAAGUUCUGGGAAAUUUCCGAAAAGAUUGUUAAGUUGGAGGAUAAAGAUACAAAAUUGUAAGACAUCAUUACAUUAUUUAGCUUCUUUAUUAGUGCUAAUAAAAACGGGAAAAAUUGUUAUUUGUAUUGAUAAUGCUGAAAUUUUAGCUUAAGUUUAUUUAAUUUUUAAUAAACACUUUUUUU